GCUUGCUUUACAUCCGUCCUCCCCGCCUCGCAGAGUUGGGAGAAGGAAGGCUGGGGGGUGUGGAAAAAUAAAAGGAAAAGUCCUUGCACCAUGUAGACCCGCGCCCCCUACCCUGGCACCCCGGCCGGCCGGGGACCUCCCAGUCUGCGGCCAUGAACGCGAGCAGCGAGGGCGAGAGCUUUCCGGGCUCGGUGCAAAUUCCAGGUGGCACAACAGUGCUGGUUGAGCUGACUCCCGACAUCCACAUCUGUGGCAUCUGCAAGCAGCAGUUUAACAACCUGGACACCUUUGUCGCUCACAAGCAAAGUGGCUGCCAGCUGACCAGCACGGCCGGGGCAGUGCCUAGCACCGUCCAGUUUGUAUCAGAGGAAACGGUGCCUGCCACCCAGACGCAGACCACCACACGAACCAUCACCUCGGAGACCCAGACGAUCACAGUUUCAGCUCCAGAAUUUGUUUUUGAACAUGGCUAUCAAACGUAUCUGCCCACAGAAAGCAAUGAAAACCAGACAGCCACUGUCAUCUCUCUCCCUGCCAAGUCACGUGCCAAAAAGCCCACGGUCCCACCUGCUCAGAAGAGGCUUAACUGUUGCUAUCCAGGUUGCCAAUUCAAGACUGCCUACGGCAUGAAGGACAUGGAACGUCAUUUAAAAAUUCACACGGGAGACAAACCCCACAAGUGUGAAGUCUGUGGCAAGUGCUUCAGCCGGAAGGACAAGCUGAAGACCCACAUGCGGUGCCACACAGGCGUGAAGCCCUACAAGUGCAAGACGUGUGACUAUGCUGCCGCCGACAGCAGCAGCCUCAACAAGCACCUGCGGAUACACUCGGACGAGCGGCCGUUCAAGUGCCAGAUCUGCCCCUACGCCAGCCGCAACUCCAGCCAGCUCACCGUCCACCUCCGAUCCCACACAGCUGCAGAACUAGAUAACGAGGUUCCAAAGCCACCUUGUCCCUCCACUGACAGCAGUGACACCCAGAAAGCCCCUGUAACUGCUCUUCCUUCAGAGUCAAAGGAACAAACGGCCACCCUUGGGGAGAGGACGUUCAACUGUUGCUAUCCAGGUUGCCAUUUCAAAACUGUUCACGGCAUGAAAGAUUUAGACCGCCAUCUACGAAUCCACACGGGGGACAAACCACACAAGUGUGAGUUCUGUGAUAAGUGCUUCAGUCGGAAGGACAACCUGACCAUGCACAUGCGGUGCCACACCAGUGUGAAGCCCCACAAGUGUCACCUGUGUGACUAUGCUGCCGUGGACAGCAGCAGCCUCAAGAAGCACCUGCGGAUACACUCGGAUGAGCGGCCGUACAAAUGCCAGCUCUGCCCCUAUGCCAGCCGCAACUCCAGCCAGCUCACCGUCCACCUCCGAUCCCACACAGGGGACACCCCCUUCCAGUGCUGGCUCUGUAGCGCCAAGUUCAAAAUCAGCUCGGACUUGAAAAGGCACAUGAUCGUGCACUCGGGGGAGAAGCCUUUCAAGUGCGAGUUCUGUGACGUCCGCUGCACCAUGAAGGCGAACCUCAAGUCGCACAUCCGCAUCAAGCACACCUUCAAGUGCCUGCACUGCGCCUUCCAGGGCCGGGACCGGGCCGACCUCCUGGAGCACAGCCGGCUGCACCAGGCCGACCACCCCGAGAAGUGUCCCGAGUGCAGCUACUCCUGCUCCAGCGCGGCCGCCCUGCGUGUGCACAGCCGGGUCCACUGCAAGGACCGCCCCUUCAAGUGCGACUUCUGCAGCUUCGACACCAAGCGGCCCAGCAGCCUGGCCAAGCACAUCGACAAGGUGCACAGGGACGAGGCCAAAACGGAGAACCGGGCCCCGCUGGGCAGGGAAGGGCCCCGGGAGAGCAGCGCGCAGCACGUGGCCAAGAUCGUGACCCAGAGGGCCUUCCGCUGCGAGACCUGCGGCGCCUCCUUCGUCAGGGACGACUCUCUGCGGUGCCACAAGAAGCAGCACAGUGACCACAAUGAGAGCAAGAACUCGGAUUUGGUCACCUUCCCGCCCGAAAGCAGUGCCUCGGGGCAGCUGGGCACCCUGGUCUCCGUCGGGCAGCUCGAGACGUCCCUGGAGCCCAGCCAGUGCCUCUAGUUCUGCCCAAGAGGGUGGUCAGCUGUCCAGAUGUCCAGGUGCCCCUGCCCAGCCCUCUGCGGUCAGGCCAUCAAGCCAGACUUGUAUCACUAGCUCCGGAGACGCCUGCUUCAACCUCACAGGCCCACAGAGGCGACGGCUGCAGUCCCCGUGGCAUGAGGGCAGGUGCCACGGAGACCCCUCUCCACGUGGCUGUCUUCCCUCCGAGAAUCGUCCAGGCAGGUUGACUCGGCUCCGAGGUGUGGGUCCAUCGAGCACUGCUCUAUCCAAUAGGGAUAGCGUCUUCACAAUGGAUUCCAGUUCUAAAACUGAUCCAUCUCCGAUGGAAUUAUGAAACUCAUUAGCCUGACCACAUGGGAAAACUGAAACUACACUGAUCUGUAGAAGGUUAAGGUGGUGGCAGGGUAGGUGGAGGGCCUGGGGUAGCCAGAAAAUUUUGAUUUCUUAACCUGGGUGAUGGUUUAUCAGAGUAAUUCGCCUUAUACAUUUUUGUGUGGUUCCUUCCGUCUGUUGUCUUACAAUAAAAAUGCAAACUCAUCUGUAGAAUGAGGGACACUCCAUUUUUAUGUUCUCCCGUAGACAGGUUACAGUGUGGGGUUCUCCAGUGCCACCCCGCCCACCUCCCAUCCCUUCCCCUGAGUAAUUUCGUUGUAAAUGCACGUGGGAUUUCUCACUGUCUUAGCGCUGCGGUGAAGAGAAACGCAGUUUGGUCUGUAGGUGGCACCAAAGAUCAAGCUGACCCCAGCUCAGCCUGUAAUUGUGUGUUGUGAAAUUCAGAAUUUCUGUGCUUGUGUUUCUAAAAGAGAUGAGGGGCCCACUGGGUCCUGGACUUAGUUCUGGGACGUGUGAUGUGUGGGAAAGCCUGAGACAAGGGUCUUUCAUCACCGUAAGCGCUUGGUGUUUGCUGAACCAACAAGCAGGUGAAAACCCAAAUUUCUUGUAAAUGGACAUUUUAUUUGACCAAAGCUUAAGAGGCUGUGGAAUGACAGUUUAUGCAAAGUUCCUUUCUUCAAAUACAGCCUUUGUUUAAUACAAAUUCUCGUGUGCCCUUGUCAACCUAAACAUCCCUGCUUUUAAAACAUUGAAUAGAUUUCAUUGUUUUUGGUAAACUGGGAAAAAGGAUGUGAAAACAACUCUGUUACUGGUUUAUAUGGGGGCUGUUUCACUUAGGACAUAGCUUACUUUAGAAAUUGUGUUUGAACAAAUUGGAUUCCACGGAAGGGUGGCAUCAGGAGAGUGAUAACGCAGUUUUGAAUCUUUGCUGUAAGAGGGAAAGAUGGAGUUGAGGGUGGAGAUCCAUGAUAGAAGGAAUCAUUUCUUUGCGUUGGAGUUAUUUUUGGUUGUUCGGAAGGGUUUGGCUGGGGAAUGCUGGUGCAUCUUACAGUCUGUUGUCACCUUUGUGCCAUUUGUCAUGAGCUAUCAAUGUUUCUGUUCUAGGAACAGAAGGGCUGUUGACCUUUCUAGUGGAAACCCAUAGAUCGAAAUCGUACAGACAUUUCUUGUACUUCCUGGUGGUGUAGCUCUUUCGACAAAGAGGAAAAAUAGCCUUUUUGGAAAGCGUUUUUCACAACUGUGUGGGCGUCUAGGGUCUUGGGUCCACCCUGGUAUCAGCUAGUAAAUGUGGAUACCCCGUAGGGCAGAGGUCAGCAAAAAGUUCUGGACUAGAUAGUAAAUAUUUGAGGCAUCGUGGAGCCAGAAGGUCUCUUUUGUGACUGCACCAGAGCAGCCAGAUGGUGAGAAAAAGAAUCCACGUGUCUGUGUUCCAAGAAAACUUUGUAAAGUAAUUCAGGAAGUGGGAGAGCGACCUGGCUAACCCUGCUAGGGUGAGACUUAAAAUACACAGCUAAUCUCCAAAUAAAACUGGGAAACAGCCAUAGGGGUGCAGAGGCCGCUGACGGGGUGCAGAGCUGGGGGGGCCAAGUUUCUAUACCCACCUCCGUUUUGUAAGGUUGAUAUGGAUCUGAAAGGAAAAAAUGAUUAAUGGGUAUGUUUAUAGUUUGACUUCACCUGGAACCGGGGGUUGGCGAACUUUUUCAGUAAAGGGCCACUUAGUAAAUAUUUUGGGCUUUACUGGCCUUAGUGUCUCUCGAAACCAUUCAGCUCUGUUCACCUCUGUAACACAAUCACUCAAUCCGCCGUCGUCCCUGAAGCAGCCGUGGUAACAGGUAAGUGAAUGGGUACAGCGUUGUGGCAAUAAAGCUUUAUUUACAAAAAACAGGCCAUGAUUUGGAGGGCCUUCUCUUGCUGACUCCUGAGCUGGGUUGUUCGAGUGCAAGCAGCAGGGUAAUGGAUGAUGGGUAAAAACAUGGGAGAAAUACUCAGAAUGCCGACUUUCCCAGGGUCCCUUCAAGGAAGGUACAGCUUCAUGCCAGAGACAGAUGAGUUCCAGAUUAGGCUCUGGGAUGGGCUGAGUCCUUUUGAUCCAUACUCAGUGCAGCUAUAAAAUCUCCAGCGAAGAGUCCAGAAAUCAAGGUGGCAUCCUCUUGCUCUCCUCCGCCCAAGGUUUCUUUCUGCCUUCCAAAGCUGUACAACACAGAUUUUGUGUUUGUCCACACAUUCAAUUUCUUAAAGAAAAAGGAUGAGCCUCAAUUCCUGUUGCCAUGGUGAUGUGAGUCCUUACUCUGAGCCACGCACUGGACUAAGAACUUGACCUGUGUUAACUCAUCUCCUUCUCCCAGGUGCCAACCAGAGCUGGAACUGGGGCAAGACUGAGGAGGCCUAGUCACCAAAAACUUGGUCAUCACAUAUUCUAAAGCAUAAGGCACAAUCUUUUCAAUUGGCAAAGUAUGGCCCACAGGUCAGCUGCUUUGCUUUUGUAAAUAAAGUUUUAUUAGAAGUUGGCCUGGGAAUUAAGGCAGGGCUGUACAGGGGCAGACUUGGUCCUAUCUUUAAGAUUCUGAUGUUUUUGUUCAUAGUGGAUUUUGUUGCCUUUCGUUUGGUUUUCAGAAAAGUUGCAUUAAAAUAUUGACUUUGAUCAGUGAGAUUUUGGACGUCACUUUGUACUUGCACCAGAGAGGACGGCCUCAGCCACCUCACCCUAGUCCCUGCCUCUUGUUCAGAUACAGAACCUGAAGCACAAAGGUGAAGCAACUUCUAGAACAGAGUUGGGUUUUGGCCCCAGGCAGUGUAGAUCCAAAGCCCACGAUUUUAACCAAAGUGCUAGACUGGGUCUCCCAUAAAAAAACAAAUCUUUCGUUAGAGUAAUAAGCUGAUCUCAGUGGGGUGAAGAGAGAACAAUCCAGAAGGAGCCUUCUCCUGUUAAAAGGUGAUGGGGUCGAGGAGGGAGGAGAUGAGAGUAGCCCUGCCUCGGGCACUACUAUCAGGCUGAAGAUUUUACCUCAGAUUCUUGGUUUGCUCGUCUGUAAAAUGGGCCAUUUCGGGCAUUUGGCUUAAGGAUAAAAUCAGCUGGUUUAACACAAAACAAAAA